AUGUCCAGCAGUCACUCCGGAACCAUUGGACGUAAACGCGUGGGCAGCGGCAGUGCGGCCGGCAGUGAAUAUUACUACGCUUCCGGCGGACUUGGCGGACUUGGUGGAUCCGUGAACGGCGGCGGUACCGGCGGCGGGGAGCAACUGCGUCGACAGCGUUCCGCCGAGUGGCACAGUCACGGUCGUCACGGUCACGGCCACGGUCAUGGCCUAGGUCAUGGACUGGGUCAUGCCAUGGGUCACGGCUAUGGAAGCAGCAGCGAGGAUGAGUACCAGAACACCGGACAGUCGACGGCCUUCGACACCCAGCUGCUCGCCCAGCUGCUGCUGCAGAGUCAGCAAUUGGCAAGCAUGGAGCAUUAUAACUCAGACUGUGAGCCGGACUACUUGAGGCAACGCGAUCGCCACCAGGAGGACACGCCCCUGGCCGAUGGCCCGCCCACCGUGGCCACCGCCCCCGAGGUGACCUAUGCGCAGCCGCACCAGCAGCGCUCCACGGUGGCGGGGUCACCACUGAAGGUGUCCACCGUUUCGGCGGGCAAAUACCAAUCGAACGCCAAUCUGGGCCUCUUUCCCAACAGCAGCAGCAGUGGCGGCAGUAGUGUGCAGAAUGGCGUCACCGUCCACACGCCGCGCAGCACAAACCCCUUCCUCAACGGCUCCACCAACAGCGGCGGGGAGUCGGAGGAGCCGCCGCCGGAACCGGCGCCACCAGAAAUCCCGCCGCGCACCCAAUCCCUACUCAUGUCCCUUCGCAAGCACUCCGACUACAAGCUGAAGUACGAGGAGAAGGGCGACCAGAAGCACGAGGAGUUCAUCCCCACCAGUCAGCUGCAGAAGGGUGAGUUCAGCUCCAAAAGGCCCAAAGCUGCAGGUGCCCACCUAAAUAUCACUUAA